AGUUGUAAACGUAACUUCAUUUGGUGUUAGCAUUUAUUUAGAUUCUUCUAGCGCCAUAUUUAAAAGAAAAAGCAUUAACUUACAUAAAUGAAUCAUAAGUUAUAAAUUGUACAUAAUAUGUAAUAUAAAGACAAAAAUUUACAAAGCGAUGUAAUAUUAUAACGAUACUCGCUAAAUAGAGGAUAAUAUCACAUAACUGAAUACGUUGCUAGUAUUACAUAGGUUGUACAGAAUAAUAGGUUAUACUUUAUAUAUAAGCAUAGUAGAGAACAAAAUGCUAUUCCGCUUGAAAAAAUGUGUACCUUUUACACAGAUGCGACAAUCCGUAAUGUUUCACACGAAUAAUACAACUCAAUUAAAAAUGAAAACGAUUUACCAUCGGGGAGAACCGAAAUACUCAAAUAUAAUAAAUCCAAGUCUUAACGUACAUAGAUUACUACACUCUGAAAAUCAAAACAGUUUGCCACCGUUAAUGUUUGGAUAUCCUAAGGAAUGGAAUAUUUUUGAAAUAGUGCAGUUUUAUUUUAUUUUUAAUAUGUCUAUUGACCCAAAGUUUAAAUCAAUGGAUUUUAUGAGAGGAGUUCUUCAGGCGAUGACAGCAAUAUCUACAGCUUUAAGUAUGCAAGACUAUGAAGCAUUAAAUGGUAUGGUAAAAGAAAAAGCUAUAAAAAUACUAAGGCACAGAGUUGAUCGCCUAACUCCAAGACAACGGGAACUACUAAUUUUUGAUAAGAAAUCUUGUUCGUUUUUUCCUCAUUUCAUAAAAUUAAAAAGGAAGAUAGGUAGCAAUGAUGCAGUCGUUCAAAUAGGAGUGCUGGGAGUUUGUGCGAAAAGUGUUCUGGAUAUGAAUUCAUAUGUGUAUUUUCAUUAUAUAUUUGAAAGGAUGUAUAAAAAUGGAGUGGGAAGUGAAUGGAUUGUAAGGCUAGUAAAUCAUACAACAGUGCAGUAGAUUUUUACCGUUAUAUAAUUAAAUAAUUGAAUAAAAUUUUUAUCUCAAUAUAAA